UUUGAUAUCAUCAUCUUCAUCUACUCCCUGUUUUCUUCUUCCAAAUGCCACCCCUACAUCUCUUCUUCUAACCAAUAUUUACACACACUUUUUCAUUCUUUUAUUUUUUAGAUAUAAUUUUUUUUUAUUCUUUAAUUAAUCAAACACUCUCUUAACUAAAUCAGACCUCCUAAAUUUUUGAAGGUUACAUAUUCUUUCAGAUCUUUGUGUACUCUGUUUUUCUUUCUCUCAUCACAACACAAAAGUUUGCAGGACCUCAUAAAGAGUUAUGAAUCCACAACUAAGGAAAACAAACUCGAGUCUCUGUAUUAGCCAACAAGAUCAACAAAAGUUGAUUAAUGAGUUGCGCAUGGCGAUUGAGAAUAACGAUGAGAUUAACAAGAUUAAGCAGCAACUUGGUCAUGACUAUUCUAGUCUUUGUUCCGAUCAAUCAAUUUUGAGAUUUUUAAAGGCACGGAGUUGGAACGUUAAAAAGGCAGAAAAAAUGCUUGAAACAUCCUUAAUAUGGAGAAUGAAUUACAAACCAUCAGAGAUUCGUUGGGAACAUGUUGCGGCCGAGGCAGAAACAGGAAAAAUCUACAGAUCAAGUUUUAUGGACAAGCAAGGGAGAACAAUACUUGUUAUGAGACCAAGAUGCCAGAACUCAAAGUCAACACGAGCUCAAAUAAAGUAUUUGGUAUAUUGCAUGGAAAAUGCUAUAUUUAAUCUGCCACCAGAACAAGAACAAAUGGUUUGGUUGAUCGAUUUUCAUGGCUUUGGUAUGUCUAAUAUAUCCAUCAAGUCAACAAAGGAAACAGCUCAUAUAUUGCAAGAUCAUUAUCCCGAGAGGCUUGGCCUGGCUAUUCUCUAUAAUCCACCAAAAUUUUUUGAACCAUUUUGGAAGGUUGUGAAGCCUUUUUUGGAACCCAAAACUGCAAAUAAAGUGAAAUUUGUAUAUUCAGAUGAUCCAAACACAAAAAGCUUCAUGGAAAGUUUGUUUUACAUAGACAAACUCGAGUCUGCAUUUGGUGGGAAAAAUACAGCAAAGUUUGACAUUAAAAUAUAUGCAGAGAGAAUGAAAGCAGAUGAUGCAAAGAGACUUGCUUUCCAACAAGAAAGCAGCUCCAGUGCAGCAUCCUGCCAGGCCUCCACAGUCUCAGGAUCUAACCACACGAAUGCAGACUCGGAUUCUGAUGAGAAAACAAAAUCACCUGACAUUAAUGAAGAAGAAGUAUUAGCUGAGGCUCAAAAGAUCGCAGCAUCUGAUGGUGCUGGAAGAGGUGCUCGAAUCGACCCUUAAUAUUAUGGCCAUUUGUAGCGCAUUUUCUGUUUUUCACAUCAAAGGUUUUGUUUUUAGCUAACCCAAUGUCGAUGAAGUCUAUUUAUUUCAUAUUUUUAUACUAAUGUCUCAGUUUAUGUUUUUCGUGGAUCAUAAUUUUGUUUUUCUAUUUAAAUAUAAUGUUGUCGAAUUUUCUCUCUCAAAA